AUGCAAUUUUAGAAACAGUUACUCAAAAAUACUCUCGAAGAACAGCAACAGUAUCGACAAUAAUAACAAUAGGAUCAAAAAAGAAGAGUAAUCGAACAAGAGCAAUAAAUACUCCAAGAACAAGCAAAAGCCUUGGAGUAUGAUGAGCUCUAGCGCAAAUAAAUAUAAAAGAUAAAAUAAAGAGAAUUAAGUGAAGCCUAUGAAUAAAGCAUCAACUAAAAAAAAUAAAAUCAAAACAUAAUCAAAUAAAAAUAAAUCUAAGAUGAAUACAACCUUGUCUCUCAAGCAUAAUAAUAUUAGGAAAUGUAGAAGCAAUAGAAAAUGCUAUAAUAAUAUCAAAUGAAAUAAAUCGCUUAAGCAUCUAUGGAUGAUAAAAUGAGAAAAAUUAUGCAAUAAAAGGAAUUGCAAGAGCAAGACAAAAUUAAGGAAUAACUUAAUUAAAGAGAUGAAGAAUUUAGAAUAACAGAAAAGCAAAAAUAAUAUAGAGAUUAUUAUAGACAAGUAGCAGAGUAAUAGGAUAAAAUGCAAAAAAACUUUGCAGAUAAGAUUGGUAGUGAUAAAUAAUACUAAAUUGAAAAUAUGAUUAAUAGAGGAAUCGAAAAUGUAUAAUAUAAAGAAGAGAUGGAAGCCCAGUAAAAAAAAUAAAGUUAACUAUAUAAUAAAUAAAUGAUGAGAGAUUCAUUGUAAAAAUAAAUCUUUGAAAAGGAGUAAAGUACUAAAAAUCAAAAUGGUUCGUAAGUUAUGAGCAAUGGGUUUAGAAGCAUUGAAAACAAUUAAAUUGAUCCUUCAGUACACAAUCCUCUCUUAAAUCCAAUUCCAGGAUAUAAUUAGAACCCAUACUUAAAUUAGCGAAGUUCGUUGGGUACAUAUGGAAAUUAAGUACUUAAAAUGUAUUGA